CUGACUACUAGCGGAUCGGUGGGCGGUGGGCAGAGCUGCGUCACGCUACGCGAACUUCUCGAGCUCCACUCGACGACGCGCCUGUGUACCAAGAAGUACUGUCAAACCCACGCCCAUCGCCGACCACGACCACAACCACGACCACGACCACGACCACGACUGCAAUCGCACCCACACGCACGAAUCGCACACAGCGCUGCGACCGAGCACAACCGCCACUGGCACACGAUCCUCCAGUAACCAUGGCGACCGUCCCCGUCAGCGAGGUCAAGAGCAAUGCGCGCGAGAGCAGGACCGCCGCGCACUCGCACAUCCGCGGCCUAGGGCUGGGCAGUGAUGGCAGGGCGAAUCCGACCGCCGCUGGGUUUGUUGGCCAGGCGGCGGCGAGAGAGGCAUGUGGCCUCGUCGUCGAUCUCGUCAAGGCUAAGAAAAUGUCGGGCCGCGCAGUCCUCCUCGCUGGCGGCCCAGGCACGGGAAAGACUGCGCUCGCGCUCGCCGUCUCGCAGGAGCUCGGCACCAAGGUGCCCUUCUGCCCGAUCGUCGGCAGCGAAAUCUACUCGGCCGAAGUCAAGAAGACCGAGGCCCUGAUGGAGAACUUCCGCCGCGCCAUUGGGCUGCGCGUCAAGGAGACCAAGGAGGUCUACGAGGGCGAGGUCACGGAGCUGACCCCAGAGGAGGCCGAGAACCCGCUCGGCGGCUACGGCCGCACCAUUGCCCACCUGCUCAUCACGCUCAAGAGCGCAAAGGGGACCAAAAAGCUGCGCCUCGACCCCAGCAUCUACGAGGCCAUCCAGAAGGAGCGCGUCCGCCUCGGCGACGUCAUCUACAUCGAGGCCAACACGGGGGCCGUCAAGCGCGUCGGCCGCUCCGACGCCUACGCUACCGAGUUUGAUCUCGAGGCCGAGGAGUACGUGCCCAUCCCCAAGGGCGACGUCCACAAGAAGAAGGACAUGGUGCAGGACGUCACACUGCACGACCUCGACGUCGCCAACGCGCGGCCCCAGGGCGGCCAGGACAUUAUGAGCAUGAUGGGCCAGCUGAUGAAGCCCAAGAAGACGGAGAUUACCGAGAAGCUGCGCCUGGAGAUCAACAAGGUCGUCAAUCGCUACAUUGACCAGGGCGUCGCCGAUUUGGUGCCAGGCGUGCUCUUCAUUGAUGAGGUCCACAUGCUCGACCUCGAGUCCUUCACCUUCCUCAACCGCGCCCUCGAGUCCCCGCUCUCCCCCCUCGUCAUCCUCGCCUCCAACCGCGGCACAACCCACAUCCGCGGCGCCGCCAACCUGCCAGCGUCCGCCCACGGCAUCCCGCCCGACCUGCUCGCGCGCCUGCUCAUCGUGCCCACGCACCCCUACACCGCGCCCGAAAUCAAGCAGAUCAUCGGCCUGCGCGUCGCCACGGAGAAACUCAACAUCAGCGAGGAGGCUAGGGAUAAAGUCACCGACCUGGGCGCCCGCGUCAGUCUCCGGUACGCGCUGCAGAUCCUCGCGCCCGCCAGCGUGCUGGCCAAGGUUGGCGGGAGACCGGGCGGCGAGAUUGCGGUCCAGGACGUCGACGAGUGCGAGGGCUUGUUUCUGGAUGCUGGGCGGAGCGCAAAGGCGUUUGGCGGUGGCACAGAGGGGUAUAUUGCGUGAGGGUCGUUUUGUUCAUGUCUGUAAUAAAAGCACCACAUGGUGCCGCGGGGGUCAUCAUCUAGUUCGUUGGCUGUCGAGGGUGGAAUUUCACGAUAUUGAAAGCCGACCGUGUCCAAGAUUUUGAAAAUGAC